AUGCAAACCAAUUCUUACUCCAAAAUGGGUAAAGCUUCAAUAACUCAUGUGAUUCUGACAUUUCUUAUCUCCGGGGUUGCCUUUAUUCCUCUUGGAGUGAUUUGCCUAUUUGCUUCUCAGGGUGUCAUCGAAAUUGUUGAUCGAUAUGACACAGACUGUAUUCCAUUAUCAGCUAGAGACAACAAAGUCAGAUACAUUCAGAGCUUAGAAGAUAAGAGGUGCAACAGAACAAUAACGGUGACAAAAACUAUGAAGAAUCCUGUCUAUGUAUAUUACCAGCUUGAGAACUAUUACCAAAACCAUCGACGAUAUGUGAAAAGUCGACAGGAUGGACAAUUGAGAAGUCCAAAAGAUGAACGGGAUGUGAAAUCAUGUGCGCCCGAGGAUAAUGUACGUGGCGAACCUAUUGUUCCUUGUGGUCUUGUUGCUUGGAGUUUGUUCAAUGAUACUUAUGACUUCACAAGAAACAAACAAAAACUCUCCGUGAAUAAGAAAGGCAUCUCAUGGAAGAGUGAUAGCGAAUCCAAGUUUGGUAAAAACGUCUUCCCGAAAAAUUUCCAGAUGAGGGCUCCCAUCGGCGGUAAAAGUCUUGAUCCAGAUGUUCCCUUGAGUGAGCAAGAAGGCCUAAUAGUGUGGAUGCGAACCGCGGCUCUACCAACAUUUAGAAAGCUGUAUGGUAAAAUAGAAACUGAUCUUGAAGUUGGAGAUACUAUAGAGGUCUUGUUGCAAAACAAUUACAACACUUAUAGUUUCAAUGGAAAGAAGAAGCUUGUGCUAUCUACCACUAGCUGGCUCGGUGGGAGGAAUGAUUUCCUCGGGAUUGCGUAUUUGACUGUUGGUAGCAUAUGCUUAUUCUUGGCUGUUUUCUUCUCCGUCUUGUAUCUAGUAAAACCAAGGCGACUGGGAGAUCCAUCGUACUUGUCAUGGAACAGAAGUGCCGGAGGUGGACGAUGA